GCAACACAACAAAAAGAAAGAGGAAAAUGGCGUCGAACGGGGCGAUUCCGUUCUGGCGUGCAGCCGGCAUGACGUAUAUCACCUACUCGAACAUAUGCGCCAAUCUCGUCAGAAACUGCUUGAAGGAACCUUAUAAGACCGAGGCCCUUUCUCGUGAGAAAGUCCAUUUCUCCAUCUCCAAGUGGACCGAUGGAAAGCCUGAAAAGCCCGCUAUCCGCUCUGAUUCGCCAGAAGAAUGAGUUGCAUGGUUGGUCAUCCAAGUCUCUGGACGGGAAGGAGUUUAAUCUUUUUUUUUUGUUUUGUUUUGUUUUUUUUUUUUUGGUAAUUUUUCUGUAAUGUCCAAAACAAUUGGACAGAUUUCAGGUUUUGACAUGAUGCUUUAUUUAACAAUAAUGUAUUUUGCAAGUAGACUGAAGUUGGCCUCCUGUUACGGAAGUUCAUGGGACUCUGCAUCUUAAAUGCUGCUGUCAGUUAUUUCUUUUUUUCAUUGUUUCUCUUUAUUCUUCUUUGAAUUCCUAGUUCAUCUAUCUCUGACAGUGUGAUAAGCAAUUGCAUACUAAUAUAGGUCUAAUAUUAGAGUUGUUUUUCUUUAGUAUGAGUCAUAGUGAUGAGUAAUCGUACCAUAAGUGAUGAGUCACUGUACCAUAAUAAUAAGUCAUUGUACCAUAGUAAUGAGUCAUUGUACCAUAGUUAUGACUCACCGUCCUUUAGCUUUAUACUAAGCCACUUGUAAAGUUGCUUUGUCCUAGUCUUGUCUUAUUAGGCUACUAGUCCUUUACUUUUUCCUUGUAUAAAUAGCAUGAUACUCCUCUAGGAAGUAAUCAUCAAUCUAGCAAUCAUCGAAAAACUCUAGCAAUCAUCCAUAACCUAUCACAGAAAAUCCCCUGUAACAAAACCUUCCUUUAUAAAAUAUGUUUGACUAAAAACCUCUCUUC